AUGUCCAGAUGUGUUUCUAGACAUGAUUUUAGCGCCAGCCGGGCCUUGCGCAUUCGCAUACCCUCCAAGGCAAUAUCCGAUCACCCCAAUGCUCCUCCAACGGCAUUGACCGCAGAGAUAGAGAACGAAGGCACAGAUUCUCGUACAGUUGUAUCCCCAACCAAGAAACGACGCCACACAGAUGCUGAUCUCCCCGCAGCUAAGCGAUCAGCCAACCGUAAGGGAAGAGAAAAGACUACGGACCUUGCAGGGACAUCCUCUACGGCGACCCAAUCGACAAACUUCGCAGCCCUUUUGCAGCAAAUUUCUAGAGCACACGACGACGUGGACAGACAGUGCAUGGAGUUGACGGCGAAGGUACAAUUUUUGGAGCAGGAGCAAGAGUUGUUGUUCCUGGAGAAAGAACAGAUCCAACGCGAUAGACAAACAGAAGCUGAGCAGGCUCAACAGAGGGAACAGGAGAAAACAGAGGAAAUCAAUCUAUGGACGACGCGAUGUACCAACCUAGAAGAAGAGAACGGAAAGUUGUCAUCUGAGCGAGAUGAGCUGGCACAGCAGGUAGAGCAUUGGACAACUUGGGCCGAUGCAUGUCCGCGUGAGCUGAUGGUAUCGGCGAUGGAAGAGCGUAGACGUCAGGUUGAGCAGGUAGGGGAAACUAAUAUCCAGUGA